UGAAAAAAUACCAAUUAAAUUAAAUAUACAAAUUUUUAAUGAAUUUAAUUCUUUAAUAACAACAUCAACAAACAUCCAAAUCCUUAGACCCCUAAAACUUGAAAAUGAACAUUUUUGUAGAAAUGAAUUAUUUAUUUGGUUAAGGGAUGCUGAUUUUCAUGGAAUUGCUAGAUCUGAAAAAAGUAUUGAGGUAUGGCGGUUGUUUCUGUGGUUGAUGACGAGGGUAUUUUCCUUCCCGAAGCAAUUGAGGUCAUAACCCCCGAAGGAGCUAUCCGAGAAAGCAGUUUCCGUUGUCGUGUUUGGCCUUCAACUGAUCGCCCACGAUUUAAUGAAUUAAUUAAAGUUUUAUUACCCGAUCAAGAAGCAAAGAAUUUACAUUUACAAAUUUUAUUCUACAAUAAAUCAUUUAUCGAUAGAAAAUCAUUAUACAGUACCGGAGGAAGUUAUUCUACAAACUCCUUAAAUCCCAAAAAGGAAAAUAAUACUAAUGGCCCUUUUGCUCUAGCAUUUCUUCACCUUAUCCGUAAUUAUGUUCUUUGUAAUGAUGAUGAAGAUGAAUUAUUUAUUUACCGGAUAGACCGAACAAAAGGAGGAAAUUCUGAUGGAACUAAAAUUCUACCUCUUAGUGUUGCUUAUUUAAGUAAUCAGUCGAGGAGAAAGGAGGCUCAAGGCAUUACUAGCAAUGUUAGUGAUGACCAAUCAUUAUUCUCUUCCAAAUCUCGUUCAAGUUCAGUUGCUACAUUACCUUCAGCUUUGGAUUUAACAUUAAUUCAACAACAAUUAAAUCAAAAUUCGUUUUCUAAUGGUUAUAUACUUUGUGAAAGAAAUACUUUACAUUUUCAAUCUUUUAUUUGUUCACAAUUACAUUGUAACAAUAAAUUGUUAAUUCAGAUUCUUCGUUGGCGUGAUUAUUGUAACAAAGAAAACCAACAAAUUAAUGUUCUAAAACAAUAUUUGUUAGAAUUUUCCCGUUCAGAUUUAAAUUCAAAAAAUUAUUUGAACGAAAUUACAAAGUUUUGUCAUAAUUUUUUGGAUUCUUUAUUUCAAAUUGCUGAUGAAUAUUUUCAAUUACAAGUACCUGUUUUUGAGGCUUUAAUCCAUUUAUUUUCUUAUAAUGGGGAUUGCCCUCUAAUAAAAGAAAAAUUGGAAGAAUAUAUUCAAAGAAUGUUUUGGCCUAGAGCACAUGAAUUUCUUUUGGAAAAUUUUAUUAGGUGA